AUGUCGGCAUGUCACUUCGUCCCGCUAGCAAAAUACGAUUGGAGUCUACACCCAGCGCUCGAGCCUGUUGCACUCCCAUGGAAUCCCACGGCAUACUGUUUAAUCGCGGCGUUUUGUGCGGUCUCGCUAUGGAUGACGGUUGAAUUGACCUUGCAGGUGUUUUUCACGUUCCGGCGCCACAGAGGACUUUAUUUCUGGUCGCUUCUGGUCUGCACAUGGGGUGUGGCGUUGCAUGUCCUCGGCGUCAUUCUCAAGCUCUUCAAUGAGAGCAAUUGGAUCAUCUCGAGCAUCAUCUUCAAGGUGGGUUGGGUCGGCAACGUCACGGGCUUCUCUCUCGUUCUGUACUCGCGCCUGAAUCUCGUGGUUCACGACAAGCGCAUUCGAAGGGCGGUCCUCUCCAUGAUCAUCACCGACGCCAUCCUACUCCAUACACCCAUCAUCAUCUUCGACUUUGGGAUUUCCUCCCCCCACCCAGACGUCUGGUACACGCCUAUGAAGGUCAUGGAGCGGAUCCAGGUGGUAUGGUUCAGUGUCCAGGAAACCAUCAUCUCACUCAUGUAUAUCUGGUGUACGCGCGACUUUCUCAAAGAUAUCUACUCGCGCCAGACACAUCGCGUCAUGCAGCUGCUCAUCAGCGCGCAGGUCAUUGCAAUCAUCUUCGACAUCGCGCUCAUUACGGUCGAUUGCAACAACAUGUUUACGCUCAAGGUCGUGAUCCACCCGUUCUGUUACGCCGUCAAGUUGAAGCUCGAGUUCAUCGUGUUGAACCAGCUCCUCGCGCUGAUCAAGCAUGGCAUUGCGCCGAGUAGCUUUCCAGCACCAGAUGAGGAAUCUCCAGAUGCCAGUGGGCCGACGCCCUCGCGAUCGGGUACGCAGGUGGAUAUCAAACACGGCUCUUUCGUGAGCACUGAUAUAACCGCCACCGAUGUGCGGGACAACGGAGCGGAAGCGUCACGGAAAGAUUCUGUUCUCCUGCCAUCUGGCGGGCUCGGGAGGGACAUGGAGUACUAUAGGAAAAGGAACAAGCAGGGCACCGAGACCGAGAAUGUUGACCCUAGCCUUGCCGGCGAUAACACCAACAAUGAUAGCGACAAGAACAAGAAUGAGUCGACGCCGGGUCAGGCACUACUGAAUCCCGACCCGGAUGCUAUCGAACCACUUCCGCUCCCAUCUUCGCCUCACACGCCCUCGCCGCCGCCGCCCCUUCCUCCUCCUCCCCCCAUAAUGACAGCGGGAACUUCGAUAUUAAGAGCCUUGGAGAGGCCCUCGUUUGAACCCCAGCCGCCCGCGAGAUCCCUCUCGGAUCCGACACCGCUAGGAACAGCGCAAAGGGAACAAGACUCGGAAGCAAUUGUCGCGGAGAUUGAGAGGCACUAUCUGGGGAAUUGGAACGGUUAA